CCCUCACAAAACACAGCUUAUAAAGAAAUUAGCCAUGUCCAACAUUCCCGCCUCUCUCUCCGAAUCCUCCCUUCCCGCCUCGCCAUGUCCGUCGCCGACCCGUGGCCGUUCUCUUGACCACAUCCGCUCCUCCGCGAGUCAAACUCUCCCGGGCCGUCGAGAUACCCUACGCUUUCGUUAAGCUUUUUUUCGCGUUCAUCCACUCAAAUUUGCUUCUUUCUUGAUAGUCGAGGGCACGGGUGACAUCCUAGUCAAGAUCAUGAGGAACGAGGAGCCAAGAGGCUUCAGCCUCAACAAGCACCUCUUCCAGGUCUCCAAGUGGAUCGAGGGCCGGACCGGGAGCCCCUCCCAAGGCUACAGCCGUCUCGGCGCAGCCCCAUCAGGGCCAUGCACGCUCAAUCCUGUGUCGAAGCUCCUCUCCUGUUGUCGCGGCCUGAAACGCAAGAGGACCAAGUUUUUAUGCUCAGGCAAUCCUGUUGGGUCCGGCGGCAAGCUCGUGGGUCAAGACCCAGUUAAGGAAAGAUCCAUGGUGACGACGGUGCCUAAGGGCCACUUGGCUGUGUUCGUGGGUCGAAGAAGCGGCGAAUUUCGCCGAGUUUUAGUGCCUGUGGUUUACUUCAAUCACCCGCUGUUCGGGGACUUGUUGAGAGAAGCCGAGGAGGAGUUCGGGUUUGGCCACCGAGGAGGAGGGAUCACUAUUCCUUGCGAGGUUUCGGAGUUUGAGAGGGUGAAGAGCCGGGUCGCCGCCGCGGGUUAUGGUGGCCGGAGGAGCACUUGGAAGAAGCACCUACGAGGAAGGAUCUGGGGACUCUGAGCAUCAACCAUUUACGAUGAUGACGAUAAAUAAUAUAUUCUCCUGACUGAUAAUAAAUGUAUAUCUUGAAUUGUGAUGAAGAUCGUUGGGAUUUUUGUAGAAAAUUUCGAUCUUUAUUCUUCUGGUAUUACU